AUGUCAAGCCUUCCGAGCGUUGCGUCUCCGACAUCUAUCGAAACUCAGUUGCCUGGGUCAACUGCCUUUCUCAAUACCAGCUCUGCAGCCACUGGAGGCCCAGAUGUCUCUCCGCUGCCUUCAUCUAGUGUCAUCUUCAGCGAUUCAGCACAGGACAUCUUAACCUCGAGCAACGAUGCCCCAAACGUAGCCCCCAGUACGAUGCAUAGCCCGCCUACACAGGCCCCCAGCACUACGGGGUCGAGCUUUUCUGCGGAGGAAACCGUUGGCAGUUUCUCAACUACAGCCCCUGCGCUGCCUACGACGAUCACUGCCAGCAAUCAACCUGAGCCUUCUCCUCAGAUCGCACCCACGGUCACGCCGUCCAGCCCAACGCCGUCUUCUGCCACGAUACCAUCCCAAAGCUCGGGAGUCGGGACCGAAAUCGCACAGGAGGUUUCAUCAACACCAGCAAACCCGACGUCAACUACUCGGACUCAAGCUACAUCAGCAGCAGCCCAGCCUACCGACGAUUCGACUCAAGAGCCAGAGGUUUUCAGCGCAGAAGCUGUUGAUCCCCCAGCCAAAACUUCAGCUCUGUCUUCUAAUCCAGCAGCUUCCUCUGCUGAAGCGCCACCCUCUGCUGAGCAGCCACCAGCGGCUCCCACCGGGGCAGUCAAUCAGGUCGUAUCUGUAUCCGCCGCGUCGUCUAGUGCAUCUACCACGUCCAUCUCGGCUACAACUUCGACUCCGAUUCCGACGUCAAUCUCGGUUUCAACCUCUACAUCAGGUUCUGCAGCUAUCUUUGCAGCCCUUUCUGCGACCACUGACUCUAUCUCAAGCGGUACAUCUUCCAGCACAGCGACGGAUGCAACCUUUACCUUCCCCUCAGCUAUCAGCACGUUACCUGGCGAUGCGUCGGAAAGCAUAGACCCGGUUGGCUCAAGCUCGAAACCACCCACGGGCACCAUUGUCGGUGGCACAGUAGGCGGUAUUGCCGCUGUUGCGUUGAUUCUCAUCUUACUUUGGCUGUGGAAGAGAAGGGCCGCGGAUGGCAGACAGGGAUUGAACAAGGAUGGUGGAUUUACCGAAAAGGGCUCUUUCAUAUCAAUGGGGCAAAAGUUGGGAAUUUCUACUACGUUGAACGCGGCGAGGCGGAAACUUGGCGAGAAACUCGGAUCUCGCAACGUCAACAUGGACAGAGGAAACUCCCAGUUCCUCGAAGCGGCCAUUACCGAACCGAUCAAUGCCACGCUGCCGCCAGACCCGUUGUGCCAGCAUCCCGUCGCACCCGGAAACAGGCCAAGAGAGUUCAGAAACGGACAAGGCAUAAGUCUCGAGCCUGGCAAGCUCAACCCGUUCUCGGAUGCCAACUCAUUGAUGUCGGUUACGGCGCCGCCGCCUUCCAGCUUGGAUCCGUUCAGCGAUGACAACAUGGUGUUGCCUCCCCCUGUUUCUGCGUCAACUCGCCGGUCUAGAGGCCGAUCCUUGGGCGGGCUUGGAAGCUUCCAGGUCCCUAGGGGUCCUCCCCGGCCGCACUCUGUGCACCGAGAGUCCGUACAUGGCCUUGAAUCAACGGGUCAGAACCGCGAGUCGUUCCUCCAGCGACGUGACAGAAUCCGGUCCGACCCGUUUGACUUGGAGCUACAGCCCAACCAACUGAUACCGCCAGGAACAGCCAUCUCCACAAGGGGCAGUUCCGUGUACAGCGGCCAGUUCCAGCAGAGCUCUCGUGACAGCUAUACUUCUAGGUACGUGAGCGGCUCUAGUUUAGGCGAUUGGAGCGGUGGCGUCAAGGAAGAACCUGUUGGUUACGAAGGCAUGGUCGAGAGGGUUGACAGCCCUACUAUUGCAUGA